AUGAAGAAGCUCUUUGGAGGCAGUAAGAAACCGGCGUCCAACAAGCACUCUUCCUCACCAAGUUUGGAAGACCUUCAGAACGCCUACCGUUCCAGUCCCGAGCCCCCAUCACCGACCAAGUCGUCCUCGCGCUCUCCCAAAAAACCGUCCCGCUCCGAGCAACCGCCCCGCGACGUAAAGUCGUCGCCGCGCAACUUUCGCCAUUCGAGGCAGGCCUCGGACUUGAGCACCUCUUCGCGGCGCAGCAAACUCGACCCCGAUACCCAUCCCCUCAAUCUUCCACCAGAGGAGCGUAAGCGCUUCUCUGCCCGCUCAUAUAGCACCAUGAGUGCCAUGGAUAUUGACCGCGAGCCCUUGAAUGGUCCCUCGACUCCCCCACCAAACCCUUCCGCCCAGACAAAUUUCUCCGUGCCUAUCCAGAAUGGCAAUGGCACCGAUGAGCCUCCCGCUCCCCCGCCGCACAAGUCGAACCCUCCUAGCCCAACUUCCUCGCCGCUAGAGGAGGCUGAGACUUGCAAAGCCCUUGGUAACAAAUUUUUCAAAGAGAAAAGCUAUGCCCAGGCCAUUGAGCAGUACAGCAGAGCUGUCAUUCUCGUUCCCGACUCCGCGACAUUCCUCAGCAACCGUGCUGCUGCCUUCAUGUCCAACGGACAGUAUGUCGCCGCCUUGGACGACUGCUCCCGCGCGGCCGACUUGGAUCCCCAGAACCCCAAGAUCCUCCUCCGUCUCGCCCGCAUUUUCACUGGUCUUGGUCGUCCUGAAGAGGCCAUGAUCACAUUCGGCAGAAUUGAGCCUGCCCCUUCAGCCAAGGACGUUGCUCAAGCCAAGGAGAUGUUACAUCACAUCAGCUCGGCCAAGGAGUCUCUAGAGCGUGGCACUGCCAUGUCCAUGGUCCUCUAUGCGCUGGAUCAGGCCGAGCGUGGCCUCGGACCUAACGUCAGCAAGCCGCGCAAGUGGCAGCUCAUGCGCGGUGAGGCCUACCUAAAGAUGGGCCACGAAAACUCACUCGGCGAGGCACAGAAUAUUGUCAUGUCCCUGCUGCGACAGAACAGCCAGGACCCAGAGGCUCUUGUCCUCCGAGGACGUGUUCUCUACUACCAAGGCGAAAACGACAAGGCCAUACAAUCCUUCCGUGGUGCCGUCAGCUGCGAUCCUGACUACAAGGACGCCAUCAAGUGGCUACGCAUUGUCCAGAAGCUAGACCGCAUGAAGGAGGAGGGCAACGUCGAAUUUAAGGCCGGCCGUCUCGAGAACGCCAUUGCCAAGUACACCGAAGCCCUUGAAGUGGAUCCCUCGAACCGCGGAAUCAAUGCCAAGCUGCUACAAAACCGUGCUCAGUGCCGCAUUAAGCUGAAGCAGUACGAUGAGGCUAUCAAGGAUGCUGAGCGCGCUCAUUCCCUCGACCCUACCUACUUCAAGGCACGAAAGACCAAGGCCAACGCACUUGGUCUCUCCGGCAAGUGGGAAGAUGCCGUCAAGGAGUGGAAAGCCCUUCAGCAAGAGGACCCUGAGGACCGUACUCUUCCCAAAGAGGUUCGCAAGGCUGAACUAGAGCUCAAAAAGAGCCAGCGCAAGGAUUACUACAAGAUUAUGGGCCUUGAGAAAGAUGCCGGCCCUGACGAUAUCAAGAAGGCCUAUCGCAAGAUGGCUGUCAAGCUACACCCUGACAAGAACCCUGGCGAUGAGCAAGCCGAGGCUAAGUUCAAGGAUAUGCAGGAAGCUUACGAGACUCUGAGCGACCCACAGAAGCGAGCAAGUUACGACAACGGCGACGAUCUUCUGGACCCCUCUGACAUGUUUGGAGGCGGCAUGGGUGGAGGCAUGGGAGGCAUGGGAGGCAUCGACCCCGAGAUCCUCUUCAGUAUGAUGGGCCAGCAGGGUGGCUUCGGUGGCGGUGGUGGCUUCCCCGGCGGCCAACGUGGGUUCCCUGGCGGUGGUGGAGGUUUCCCAGGCGGUGCCAGCUUCAACUUCAGCAGCGGAGGCGGUGGUCGUCCACAAGGCUUCCCUGGUGGCGGCGCUAACGGCUUUCACUUUUGA